UGGAUCUUAGACAAAGAGACAUUGAGUCAUCUAAUCUUUAUUGAUCACAGAAACGGAGAAGAGUCUGAUCAAUUAGUGGAAGCGCUUCUGAAACCCAGAGGACCGCGCAUUGCGUUUGAGCCCUUUGGUGACUCAAAAAUCAGCGGUUCCUUGCCAAAUCGGUGCCUGUAUCUAAAUAUGGCAACCCAGGGGUCCAUGUGCAACACCUCAAUCUCAGACUACACAAACCAGUCCAAUGAAUUUCAAAUGAAUGGAAGCUCGAUGGCCGAGGAGGACAGCACAAAGAUUCUGGCCGUAAUCUACCUCGUGGUGUUCGUCGUGGGUUUGACAGGCAACUCUCUGGCCAUUUUCGUGGUCCUGUGCUACACCAAAAUGAAGACGGUCACCAACAUGUACAUCUUAAACCUGGCAGUGGCCGACGAGCUGUACAUCCUGGGACUUCCAUUUCUCACCACCCACAACGUGCUCACCUACUGGCCGUUUGGCAACUUCCUCUGUCGUAUUCUGAUGUGGGCAGACUCCAUCAGUCAGUUUACUAGCACAUUCUGUCUGACAGUAAUGAGCAUUGAUCGCUAUAUGGCUGUGGUACAUCCUAUCCGCAGUGCGAGGUGGCGGCGGCCCAGUGUUGCCAAGGUGAUAAAUAGCAUGGUAUGGGCACUGUCCUGUCUGCUGACACUGCCAGUCAUCAUUUACUGUGACGUUCAGCCAGAGCUCAACACCUGCAACCUGAGCUGGCCUGAACCGCGUGAUGUGUGGUCGACCGCUUUCAUCCUCUACACCGCCAUACUAGGUUUCUUCUGCCCACUUAUGGUCAUCUGCCUUUGCUACCUGCUCAUUGUAAUCAAGGUAAAGUCCGCCAGUGCACGAGCGGGACUCUCCAAACGCCGCAAGUCUGAGAAGAAAGUGACGAGAAUGGUGGUGAUCAUCGUGGUGGUGUUUGUCCUGUGCUGGCUGCCGUUUUUCAUACUCAACAUCCUCAACCUCAUCAGCACCCUCCCGGAGAAUGGCCUCAUCACCGGCGUCUACUUUCUCACCGUCAUCCUGACCUACGUCAACAGCUGUGCCAAUCCUCUGCUCUAUGGCUUUCUGUCAGACAACUUCAAGCGGAGCUUCCAGCAAGUGUUGUGCAUCCACAGGGUCAACGGGAUCAGCAACAGUCACCCUGCUCGUGAGCGCCUCAGCAGGAACCAACAGAAUGAGGCCUUCUUCCCUCCAAGGAGCACUGAUUUCAACGAACAUGUCCAGAGUUAUCAAUCCAUUGGUUUGGAGGCCGAGGCCUGUGAUAAAUCGGAAAACCACCUACCUGGACCACAGCCGAGCAGCCAAUCCAUAUAAAAUCUGAAAGUUGGAUGGAUUUUUCCCCCUUUUAACACAUAUAUUAUUUUUGUUCUGUUUGA